CACAGAACAAGACGUGUCAAAGGGAAAAAUGAUUUUAGUUUCAACAAUUUGUAUAGGAUUUGGGAAAGUGCUAAAAUAAAUUUUGUAAAAAAAAAUAGACAUCAUAAACUAUGUCAACAAAUAUCACAUAUCGUGGAUUUAAUUUGGAUGUUGAAUAUGCCGUCGAUCCGGCUUCAGGGGGAUUUUUCCAUUCUGAUUUUAAAAAACACGACGAUCUUAAGGAAAUGUUGGACUCUAAUAAAGAUCACCUCAAACUGGAAGCAAUGAAAAGAAUAAUUGGUAUGGUGGCAAAGGGACGUGAUGCAUCUGUACUGUUUCCAGCAGUGGUUAAAAAUGUUGUGUCAAAAAAUAUUGAAGUAAAAAAACUGGUUUAUGUUUAUCUAGAGAGAUAUGCAGAAGAACAACAAGAUUUAGCUUUGCUGUCAAUAUCAACUUUUCAACGAGCUUUAAAGGAACCAAAUCAAUUAAUAAGGGCUGGUGCUUUAAGAGUGUUAUCUAGUAUUAGAGUAAAAAUGAUAUCUCCUAUUGUAAUGUUAGCCAUUAGAGAUGCUUCUUUGGACAUGUCUCCAUAUGUCCGAAAAACCGCAGCUCAUGCAAUACCAAAAUUAUACAGUCUAGAUCCAGAGUUAAAGUCUGAAUUAGUGACAAUUAUUCAAAAACUGCUAGCAGACAAAACAGUUCUUGUAAUUGGAUCUGCAGUAAUGGCAUUUGUAGAAGUAUGUCCAGAACGUGUUGAUCUGAUACAUGAAGUCUAUAGAAAACUUUGUGCCUUGCUAGUAGAUGUAGAUGAAUGGGGUCAAGUAACAAUUUUAAAUAUGUUGACAAGAUAUGCCUGUUCCCAAUUUGCUGAUCCGAAUGUUCAUGAUGUGGAAGAUAAACCAGACCGUCCUUUUUAUGACUCUAAUUCUGAUGUAUCAGAAAAACCAUCUCAGACUUUAGAUCCUGAUCACCGUUUAUUGCUAAGAUCAACUAGGCCACUUUUACAAUCCAGAAAUGCUGCAGUUGUUAUGGCAGUAGCUCAAUUGUAUCAUCAUGCUGCCCCACAAAAUGAAUUCCCUUUGGCUGCCAAAGCAUUGAUAAGACUAUUGAGGUCUCAUGUUGAAGUCCAGAGCAUGGUACUCAAUGCCAUUGCCUGUAUAACUUCUAAAAAUAAGGGAGUGUUUGAAACUUAUUUAAAAAGUUUUUUUGUUAGAACUUCUGAUCCUACAAAUAUUAAGUUAUUAAAACUAGAAAUUUUAACAAAUUUAACCACAGAUGCAAACGUUUUGAUAAUACUUAGAGAAUUACAAACAUAUAUAGCUAAUAAUGAUAAACAUUUUGUUGCUGCCACAAUACAAGCUAUUGGAAGAUGUGCCUGUUCCAUUUCUGAAGUCACUGAUACGUGCCUUAACGGUUUGGUUUCUUUAUUAUCCAAUCGGGAUGAAGCAGUAGUUGCCGAGAGUGUCAUAGUCAUAAAAAGAUUACUACAAACUCAAGCCGCAGAUCCAAAGGAGAUUAUUACUCAUAUGGCAAGAUUACUUGAUAGUAUCACUGUGGCUCAAGCUCGCGCCGCGAUCUUGUGGCUGCUAGGGGAACAUUCCCAGAAAGUUCCAAAAAUUGCACCAGAUGUGCUCAGGAAACUCGCUAAGACAUUUCCUGAUGAGCAUGACAUUGUAAAACUGCAGGUGAUGAAUUUGGCUGUUAAGUUAUACAUAACUAAUCCCGAACAGACGUCGUUAUUAUGCCAGUAUAUUUUUAACUUGGCAAAAUAUGAUCAAAACUACGAUAUUAGAGAUAAAGCUCGAUUACUCAGAUAUUUUAUAUCCGACGAAAAUGGCAAGCUUGCAGCUUGUGCCUCAAAAAUAUUUUUAUCUAGUAAGCCAGCUCCUAUACAACAAUCCCAUUUUAAAGAUCAAGAAGAUUUACAGUUAGGCUCCCUGUCUCAUUAUAUCAAGCAACGGGCCGCCGGUUAUGAGCCUUUACCCCUCUUCCCAGAACAUCCUCCUUCUGGGGAAUUCAGAAAUGUGGAGCCUAUAAUAACCGAAAACAACACAAAACUUUAUAGACACUCUGAGAAAAAAAGGAAAGACCAAUUCUCUUGGGAAUCCGUUUCCGAAGUAAGCUCUGCCGAGGAAAGUGCAGAUCAUUCCGAAUCUUCUUCAGAAACUGAAUCUUCUGAUAGUGAAGAAGACGCUGUUGAAGAAACUAGUGUUGCCGAAUCUUUAGAUGAAGAAUCUGAUGAUAAAAAAACCAGCUCAUCAUCUAGCGAAUCUGACAGUGCUAGUGAAGAAUCGGCAUCAGAAGAAAAUGUAACGACAAAUCAUUUGGGCAGCGAGAGCGUAAAUAGUAUCGCAAACACUAAUAGCGUCAAUAAAACUAAAGGAAAAAAAUCUAAUUUGGAUUUGUUGUUGGAUUUUUGUGAUGGCGACAGUUCCGCUCCAGUUUUAACGCCGUCGCUUGGUGGUUUUUUCACUCCUACCACUCCUUUAGAUCAACCACAACUAAUGCAAAUUGUGCAACCGCCAUUCACAAAUACGAAACCAAAUGAACUACUCAACAAACUACAUGGAAAAGGCUUGUCGGCAACCUAUCGUUUUACUCGCAGCCCUCAUUUAUAUUCGCCUAGUAUGACAAACAUCAACAUUACAUUCACAAAUAAUACUGAUGAGGAUAUUCUGGAUAUAAGAUUGGGCAAAAAGAAUCUAGCGCUGGGAAUGAGUCUACAUGAUUUUUCGUGCAUACCAAAGUUGCCACCGAAUAGUUCGCUUCCCGCGACGUUAGGUAUUGAUUUUAAUGACUCCACUCAACCAGCAAAUUUUGAAAUCGUGUCUUCGCUAGGUAAUUUCAACGUAUGCAUAAAACCAACUGUGGGUGAAUUGCUCAGACCUAUCAAAAUGUCAACCGGUUUAUUCUUAGAGAAACAGUCGAAACUUUGCGGAAUGAACGAACAUAGUGCAAAUUUGCCGGAAUGUCAGAAUAUCGCCGAACGCAUUUACCAAUUGACAAAUUUAGGUCCUUGUGAUAAUUCUGAAACAAAUUAUUUUAGGUUUUCAGGACAAACGUUGACCUCGUCGAGUUUGGCACUAGUUACCGUUCACACUGGCGAAAAACGUAUUUUGAGGAUUAAUUGUGAGAAUGUUGUUUUUGGAUCUGUUAUGCUCAGCGAAUUAUUAAACAAUUUAUAAGUUUGUAGAAACUAAUUUUUCUUCCAUUUUGGAUGUAUAUGUUGUUUUAUACUAUUUUUGUAAUAAUAUUUGUGACAUUCCCAGAACAAUUUAAAAUUUGUAAAUUCUUCAUAUUGUUGUAGGAAAUUACUGUAUACAACUAUAUAUAUUUCUAACAAAUUUAUUGAUAAAUACAGCU